UGUUAAUAAAAUGGAAAAUAUUGAAGGAGCUUGAGCUCAAAAUUUAAAUAAAUAUUCAUACGUUCGGGAAUUAAAUGUGCCCUGAAACUAAUGUGAUGUCGACUGUGUGUGAUGGCGGGUAAAGAGUUAAUAAGCCAUCAACAGCAGUUUGUUGAAGAAAUUAACUAUGAUGAAAUUGAAACCGAGCAGGUAGUGGGAAAAGGUUCUUUUGGAGUAGUAUGGAAAGGAAAAUGGAGAGGACAAUAUGUUGCUAUAAAAUAUAUAAAUUCAGAAGGUGAAAAAAAAGCCUUUACUGUAGAAGUCAGACAAUUAUCUAGAGUUGUGCAUCCCAACAUUGUAAAACUUUAUGGUGCUUGUACUAGAAAUCCAGUUUGUCUGGUUAUGGAAUAUGCAGAAGGUGGCUCCCUAUAUAAUGUUUUACAUUGUAAUCCUCAACCACAAUAUACUGCAGGUCAUGCAAUGAGUUGGGCUUUACAAUGUGCACGUGGUGUAGCAUAUCUUCAUAAUAUGAAACCAAAACCUUUAAUCCACAGAGACUUGAAACCACCAAAUUUGUUGUUGGUAAUGGGUGGACAAACUCUUAAAAUUUGUGAUUUUGGUACAGCGUGUGAUUUGAAUACCUACAUGACUAAUAAUAAAGGUUCUGCUGCUUGGAUGGCUCCAGAAGUAUUUGAGGGUUCUAGAUAUACAGAAAAGUGUGAUGUGUUUAGUUGGGGUGUUAUUUUGUGGGAGAUAUUAUCAAGGAAGAAACCAUUUGAUGAAAUUGGUGGUUCAGCUUAUAGAAUAAUGUGGGCAGUACAUGUAGGCCAAAGACCUCCUUUGAUUGAAGGUUGUCCAAAACCAAUUGAAGAUCUUAUGACCAGAUGUUGGCACAAAUCUCCUGAAGAAAGACCAUCAAUGGAUGAAGUUGUAGAAAUAAUGACGACUUUGUCACAAUUCUUUAGUGGACAAUUGGAACCAGUGGAAUAUUCUCAAAGUGUUGAAUCAGAGGAAGUUAAUGAGAACCAUGUUUCUAAAGAUGGUACUUUGGACGUGACUGAUACCAUGGAUUCUGAAAUAAAUGGAUAUGCUUUCAAUGGUACUAUUAAAGUUAAUGCACCUGUUUCCAAAGAAAAAUCGGAAAUUUUUAAUGGAAACAACAGUUCAUCGAAUCCCUUCUGCGAUUUCAGGGAUCAACCUUCUAAAAGUAAUAUUUCAACAAUCAAUACAUCCAAUAAAAAAUUCCAACUUAAAGAUUUUCCACAACUUUAUGUUGAGUGUGAUCCGAAUGCUUGGGAAUUGCCUAAUUCUGACCCUUCAUUGGAAUCUCCUAUUCUAAAGAUAAAAAAUACUACACAAAGCAAUAGCACAACCGACAAAGAUUUAGACAAUGUUUACCGCCUUUUGGAUGCAGACCUGAGACCAUUGACGCCCGAUCAAACUUGUGAAAGAUCGAAAGAAAUUUUCGAAGAACAUAAACAACUAGCGCAAGAAUAUUUGAAAGUUCAAACGGAGAUAGCGCUCUUGGGUCAACAUAAAAAUGAAAUGCUUAAAAACUUGACUAUAGACAGUUUACGGCAGCAAGAGGAGCUCAGAAAACUUGAAGACGAAAAAGAAUCUUUAAUAAAGCUGUAUCGAAAUUUAAAACGCCAGUUAGAAAUUAUGAAGAACCAGAGAAUGAACAAUUCCCUUUUGAGCAACGUUCAAAUGGGCCCGACAGUUUCUGAAAAUAAUGGGUGGUUUGUGGUACCUUGUCAAAAUCCUUCGAGACAUUCUUGAAUAUCUAGAGUCGAUAAGUGCAACCGUUAUGCGAGGUCCAUUUUUACGCUGUUUUACAGAUUUCUUCUGCUUCCUUUGUAGCGAAUGAAAUACAAGCGAUAUUGAUUUUCUUAUGGACAUAAUGGAAGUUCUUUAUGAAAAAGAAAGUAGAGCACAGUUGAUUUUAUUUUACAGUACAU